GUGAUAUAACAAGUAUUUUUUUGCUUCAUUCUCCAACCAUAAUUUGUUAUUUUAUUUUUUAAGUAUUGACUUACUAAAGUUUGAAGGGUUUAUCAUAUUUAACAAGCCAAAAUCAUUUUUUAGCAAACUUGCUAAAAGCACACCUCUUGAAGAAUCACAAAAGUGUCUAGCUAGUUAUAUUAUAACUUUUACCCAUUUAUAAAAUGCUCUCACCGGUAGUGUUCGCCUUCUAGACUCAGUCACCAUGGCCACGGCCGUUCACCUGCGUCGACUUGGCGCGAUCACCGCCCUUUCUGCCGCCGGAGCUUACACUCUCAUCCGCGACCCCUCUUUAUCCUCCAACGACCCCGGCGGCAACUCUGCUUUCGAUACCGUGCAGAGGAGGAUCACCGAUCCUCUCACAGUGUUGCCGCGCCGAGCAGAUCAGGAGGCAGCCUUGAUCGGCACCAGCCCCUCCAAUCCUCUAGAUAUUCUCGUAGUUGGCGGUGGCGCCACGGGAAGCGGCGUCGCUCUGGAUGCUACCACCCGCGGUCUCCGAGUCGGCCUUGUUGAGCGCGAGGACUUCGCUUCUGGAACCUCCUCCAGGUCCACUAAACUAAUUCACGGAGGAGUUCGUUAUUUGGAGAAAGCUGUUUUUAACUUGGACUAUGGGCAGCUGAAACUUGUUUUUCAUGCCCUCGAGGAACGUAAACAGGUUAUUGAAAAUGCACCACACCUCUGUCAUGCCCUGCCUUGCAUGACACCAUGUUUUGAUUGGUUUGAGGCGAUCUACUACUGGGCGGGCUUGAAAAUGUAUGAUCUGGUCGCAGGACGGCGCUUGCUGCACUUAUCCAGAUAUUAUUCAGCAAAAGAGUCUCUUGAGUUAUUCCCGACACUUGCAAGACAUGUCAAGGAUAGAACUCUAAAGGGAACAGUGGUCUAUUAUGAUGGACAGAUGAACGACUCAAGGCUGAAUGUUUCAAUAGCAUUGUCUGCUGCUUUAGCUGGUGCUUCUGUUCUUAACCAUGCUGAAGUAGUAUCCCUUCUUAGAGACGAGGAUAGUGGGAGGAUCACUGGUGCACGUAUUCGGGACAAUCUAUCAGGGAAGGAGUUUGACACAUAUGCAAAAGUAAUAGUAAAUGCGGCCGGUCCAUUCUGUGAUUUUGUAAGAAAAAUGGCGGACUCCAAUGCAAAACCUAUGAUAUGUCCUAGUAGUGGUGUUCAUAUUGUGCUUCCUGAUUACUAUUCUCCGGAGGGAAUGGGUUUGAUUGUUCCCAAAACAAAAGAUGGUCGUGUUGUAUUUAUGCUUCCUUGGUUGGGGAGAACAGUUGCUGGCACCACUGAUUCAAACACCAGUAUUACAAUGUUGCCAGAGCCUCACGAAGAUGAGAUUGAAUUCAUAUUGGAUGCCAUUUCUGAUUAUCUUAAUGUUAAGGUGCGGCGGACAGAUGUUCUCUCUGCAUGGAGUGGUAUCCGUCCUUUAGCUGUAGAUCCUAAUACCAAGGAUACAGCAAGCAUAUCCAGAGACCAUGUUGUCACUGAAGACUUCCCUGGUUUAGUAACCAUCACUGGUGGAAAGUGGACAACAUAUAGAAGCAUGGCAGAAGAUGCAGUUGAUGCUGCUAUAAAGUCUGGGAAGUUGGCUGCAAGCAGUAAAUGCUUAACAUACAAGCUACAACUGAUAGGUUCUGAUGGAUGGGAUCCAGCAUCUUUUACAAUCCUUGCCCAACAAUAUGUGCGCAUGAAACGGUCACAUGGUGGGAAGGUUGUUCCAGGUGUGAUGGACACGUCUGCAGCCAAACAUCUCUCACAUGCAUAUGGUUCUCUUGCCCAAAGAGUGGCCGCCAUAGCUCAGAAUGAGAAUUUGGGUAAGCGGCUUGCACACGGGUACCCUUUCUUAGAAGCUGAGGUUGCAUAUUGUGCACGCCAUGAAUACUGUGAAUCUGCAGUGGAUUUCAUUGCCAGACGGUGUCGUCUUGCUUUCCUUGACACCGAUGCCGCAAGCCGAGCUCUUCCACGCAUUGUAGAGAUAUUGGCAGGCGAGCACAAGUGGGACAAGUCCCGCAAGGAACAAGAGUUUCAAAAGGGAAAGUCGUUUCUGGAGACGUUCAAAUCUUCGAAUAAUGCCCAGUUCCAUGAUGGAAAGCACUCAAGAUAAUAAUAAGAGUAUGUAAUGUACUUACUGAAACUACGCUUGCUCUUUUCGGUGUGGGAAUAAAGUCAUGUGGUCCCCGGUUAAACUCCCGUAUGACUUUAGUUCCACAUAUAGUAACGCUGUGGACACAUCAAAGUGUGUCCACAUGAACUUAGACUUCUUGCAAAUAUUCGGCUAGAUAAGUUAUACAAUGAAAAGUUAAAACGACACAAUAUGGUUACUGAAGUAUAUAACCAAAACCUCAGAGUCACAAUAAUGCUUUUGUCAUAUAGGAUUUGUACCAUUCUUUGAAAUACUUUUUGGCCAAAUAAAGCUUCAAGCAGUUG